AUGUCCUUUGAAGACCACCAGAAAGAAGUCCGGGACAAGUUCCCCGCCCUCCAGCAAGACCAAGUCUUCUUCGACAACGCCGGCGGCAGCCAAACCCUCGGCACCGUCAUCGACUCCAUCAAGGACUACCUCAGCUCGACCAACGUACAGCUCGGUGCCUCGUAUGACGUCGGCCAGAAAUCGACGUCCGCGUACAGGGCCGGGUACCAGGCGGCUGCCAAGUACAUCAACGCCGACCCGGACGAGAUUGUCUUUGGCCCGUCGACCACGCAGCUCCUCCGCAAUCUGUCAUAUGCCCUCAAGUUCAGACCCGGCGACGAAAUCGUUGUAUCUCGCAUAGAUCACGAGGCCAACAUCGCUCCGUGGGUCGAUCUGGCAGAGCGCCAGAACCUCGUCCUCAAGUGGUGGAAGCCAACCUCCGGCCCGAACCCCAAACUCACAGUCGAAACCUUGACUCCUCUCAUUGACGAGAAGACGAAACUGGUCACUUGUACGCAUACGAGCAAUAUCCUGGGCACAAUCACCGACGUGCGAGCCAUAGCAGAUGUAGCUCACAGCGUCGGGGCCCUCCUGUGCGUUGACGGCGUGGCCUACGCUCCCCAUCGGCGCAUCGACGUCAAGGCGUUUGGCGUCGACUUUUACUGCUUCUCGUGGUACAAGGUCUACGGGCCGCAUGUCUCCAUGCUAUACGGCAGCUGGAGCGCGCAGACUCAGCUGAGAACGCUGGGCCACUUCUUCAACCCUUCUGCCUCGCUGGAGGACAAGCUCGGCCUUGCUGGCGGAGCGUAUGAGCUGGUGCAGUCCAUCCCAAAGGUAGUCAAGUACCUAGAUCUGAAGUGGCCCGAUAUUAUUUCGCAUGAAGGUCUUCUUCAGCAGAGACUCCUAAGGUACCUCAGGACGUGCGCAGGUGACUUUACCAUCUAUGGCGAACCCAAGGAGGAGACAUCCCUUCGAGUAGCAACCAUCAGCUUCUCGGUCGAUGGAUAUGACGCACAGGCUGCCGUGGAGUUUGUGGAAAAAAGGACGAAUUAUGCGUUCCGCUGGGGAACCUUUUACUCAGAUCGACUUGUGAGACAGACGUUGGGCUUGGGCAAGGACGGGGUUGUCAGAGUGAGCAUGGUGCAUUACAACACACUGGAAGAAGUACAGGGGCUUAUUCACGCACUGAUGGACCUGGUAUCGUACGGUGUGUACUAGGUAGGAGGGCUUCUUCGUGCACUGGUAGACCUACCUGAGUGGCCUACAAUGAGAGUUGAGCAACGGAAGCUGAAGCCAACUCUAAAGCCUGAGGGAGGUGACCAUGCUGAUGAUGAAGAA